AAACCUUUUAAGCCUUAUCUCUUUCCCUCUAAACCAUGGACGACGUAGUAGACAGAGCCACUCUCACAUUCCACCGCAUACCUUCCCUCAACUCCUCCAUACUCACCUCUCCCCCGUCCAAAUCCACCACCGUAAAGUUCCCCCGCCGUGUGCUGCGGAGUUCCUCUCCCGGAGAUGUCGGUCUCGGGAGUAAGUUCGCUUGCAUCACCAUGGCUGAGAAGUGCGAGCACAGGGAGCAGCAGUUCGCUCCGACGCCAGCUCAGCUCUUGAGCAACCCUCUUGCUAUCCUUGCUCUUGUCCCCAAAGAUGCUGCUAUCUUUGCAGCAGGUGCUAUUGCUGGAGCCGCUGCUAAAACGGUUACGGCUCCACUUGACCGUAUCAAGCUUCUUAUGCAGACACAUGGUAUAAGAAUGGGACAACAGAGUGCAAAGAAAGCAAUAGGGUUUAUUGAGGCAAUCACUUUGAUAGGCAAAGAAGAUGGGAUGAAAGGUUACUGGAAAGGAAACUUGCCUCAGGUGAUAAGAGUAUUGCCUUACAGUGCCGUCCAGCUUUUGGCUUACGAGACUUACAAGAAAUUGUUCAAAGGCAAAGAUGAUCAGCUCUCAGUAAUUGGAAGACUUGCAGCUGGUGCUUGUGCUGGCAUGACAUCUACUUUGUUGACUUACCCACUAGAUGUUUUGAGACUGAGAUUGGCAGUUGAGCCUGGGUACAGAACAAUGUCUCAGGUUGCUUUGGGUAUGCUCCGGGAAGAAGGAAUUGCAUCUUUCUAUUACGGCCUUGGACCUUCUCUAGUAGGAAUAGCUCCAUAUAUUGCUGUCAACUUUUGCAUCUUCGAUCUAGUGAAGAAAUCUUUACCGGAGGAUUAUAGAGAAAAGGCACAAUCGUCACUAUUCACAGCUGUUCUCUCUGCUGGUGUUGCAACACUAACAUGUUACCCUCUCGACACUGUGAGACGCCAAAUGCAAAUGAGAGGAACUCCAUACAAAUCUAUCCCUGAAGCUUUUUCUGGAAUUAUAGACCGUGAUGGGCUUAUAGGCUUGUACCGCGGCUUUUUACCCAAUGCACUGAAAACUCUACCAAACAGCAGCAUAAGGCUUACAACCUUUGAUAUGGUGAAACGCCUUAUCGCCACAAGUGAGAAGCAGCUUCAGAAAAUCACCGAUGAUAAUCGGAAUCGAGACCAAAAUUGACAAUCAUUUUCUUACUGGAACAUGAAAGUUUUGGAGCCUCUAGAAUAUAUUUUUUUCGCUGAGAGCGACUAGUUUUUACAUUGUAUUUGGUUUUUUAUUUUUCUCACUUUGUUAGUUCUUGUUUGGACCUGCUGUUAUACUUCUGCUACUGGACCUGUUUUGUUGGAACAAACCUCAGAACUGUUUUGCUUUCUUAGGCAAAGGAA